AUGGGCACAGUGGAGAGCGGGAUAUCGGAUUAUGAGAACAAACCCGCGCCGCUCCGCUCCGAGGCCUGUGUUUGGAUGAGCGCUGGGGGCAAAUGUAAAGAAACAACAUUGAAAAAGCAGAGGAGGACAGAAGACCACCAAGGCGGAGACGAGGCAGGCUGGCAACUCAACAACGCAUGCGGUGGGGGCUGUGGAAAUCAUUAA